AUAUCAGACGGCCAGGUUUUUCUUAAAGGGCAUUUUUAAAAAUAAAAUCUGAUUUAAAAAAAAUGUUUUAAGAGGGAGGAAACAAUCCCAAAUUGGCUCCCGUUUUAAAGAGGGACCGGAAAGAAGAGCCCCCUUCAAUUGCUCAGUCUGGGGGGCGGGAAGUGUCUUUUGCAAGCUGAGUUUAAUAAACAAAUGCGGAAUUGACAUCAGCCGGCAGCAGGCGCCUGCCCCAGCCGCGCGUGUCCCCGGUGACACAGAUGCGUGCGGAGAGCAGCUGGCGGGAGGGGAGCGCUGGCGCAGAUGCCAACUCCAAGGGAGAGAGCGAGGCCGCGUCCACCCUGGAGGGCUCCGCGUGCGAGGGGGAGGAGCCGGCCCCGGGACCGGACCAGAGCCAGCCCGCAGCAGCCCCCCCGCGCUUGCACGACUUCCCCGGCUCGCCCGAUCCGGAGGAGAGAGACGACCCCGGCUCCCCGCCAGCCUCCAAGCGGCGCCGCGCCGCGCCGAGCUGCGCCAAGCCCCGGCGGGCCCGGACGGCCUUUACGUACGAGCAGCUGGUGGCCCUGGAGAACAAGUUCAGGGCCACCCGCUACCUGUCGGUGUGCGAGCGCCUCAACCUGGCCCUGUCGCUCAGCCUGACCGAGACCCAGGUCAAAAUCUGGUUCCAGAACAGACGGACCAAGUGGAAGAAGCAGAACCCCGGGGCGGACGGGGCGGGGCAGCCGGCAGCCAGCGCCGCGGUGCCCCCGUGCGGAGCCGGCGGCGGCAGCCCCAGCCCGCCGGGCCCUAGCGCCCUGGCCUUCCAGACUUUUCCCUCCUACCCCUCCGCCAAUGUCCUCUUCCCAGCGGCCGCUCCCCUGCCCCUGGCCGCGGCGCCCUUCCUCGGCCCGGCCUACCUGGCCCCCUUCUACACCCCGCACCUCUAAAGAGCCCGCCCGACCAGUUCCAGCCUUUCCCACCCUGCGGGCAGCCCGCGGGGGCUCCGCCCGUGGGUGUGUCUCGCUGCCCCUCCGCCAAGUGCGUUCACAGCCCCCGCGCUCCCCUCCCGGGGGGAUCGCAGCCCCUUAGGCGGCCCCCGCCGCCCUGCCCACGUGAACACCGGCCGCAGGACCGCAGGAGAAACAGACAGCGCCUUUGCCAUCUGCAGGGAGCGCCCCUCCCGCCCCGUCUCCCCCUCUCCCACGCCUGGAGGGAAUGGCAGAGGGGCGCAGGGCGACUUGCAGGGUGGUGGAGGUUUCCAGUUCAGACAGCAGCGGUCCCGUGUUUGCUGUCUCUGUGACCGACCGGAGCGUGCAGUCCGGUCAGAACCGAGGACCUGGCUGAGGCUGCCCGGAUGCAACAUGGAGUUUGGAAACUGGAGAACUUUAAUAAAACGUGCAUUGCACUACGCUCAGGUUUGCCAUCUUCCCACGUGUUUGGUAUUUUAAGGCAUCCUUCCCCGGCAUAGUUUACGCCCGAUCUUGGCCCCAUCGCGACGAAUGGGAGUUUCCGUGGGAGCCAGGGUCGGGCUCCUCCCGUUAAUCCCUUUAAAUUGAUGGAUAUCUAUGAGCAGAGCAGCCGCGCUUCUGUAAAGGCAUAUUUGAGUUCAAGUGUAGUUUGUGGCAUGUAAUGAUUGAUUUCUUAGAUUAUACUUCACAAUCGUGCUGCGCUAUAUCUUUGGAUGAACAAAAGUAAAGGUCCUGAUAUACAUAGAUAAACGACUGUGACAAACCAAACAGGUGGAACAUUCAGACAUUAUGUGGUCCAAAUAUUUAUACAUACAUAUAAAUGUAUAUCAUUUUAUACGUUUUUUCUCAUUAGGCUGCAGAGUUCAAGUGUACAUUUCUGAUGGUUGCAUGGUAAUUUAAAGUGUAAGAAGUUGAUUUUUUUGAGUCUUUACCGAAGCAUGUUUUCGUCGGGGGAAAAAAAAGUAACCACUGGAUUUUAUUGGCAUAUUUGAGAUGUAAUCAUAGGCCUAGGAGAUGGAAAAGAUAACCCUCUCUACAUUUACUGUACCUAACACUAAUUCUCCCAAGUUUCUCUCCUGAAGUUUCCUUUUAAAACAUUUCUCUUUGUCAUUUGGUUUGGCAGGGCAUCCCUCAUAACCUGAAAACUCAGAAACUCUGAGACUAGUUACUGUUGCUUUUAUAUGAAUGAUGCGGAUAAGAACAAAAGAUGCCCCUAAGCCCUGCUUUUAUCUCUGGAGAUCAGUUACCUGUUUCAGGUGGGUAAUACAACCUUAUAAAGGGGCAAUUGCUGUAACCUUAAAAAUCAUGUUAAAACUCCUAUCGACUUCAAGGGUGCUGCAUUGGGCUCAAAAAUUGAAAGCUAGGAGUCUGGCAUCCCAAGAAAUUAAUGAAGAGAGUUUGUUAGUGGGAAUAGGAAAGUAAUACUGCUUACUGCUACUUGAAACUUUAGUUCUGUAAUUGUCAGGCAGGGUGUGGGAAACCUGGCUGACACAUGAGGAAGUAUCCAGUUAUUGGUGAUAUUUGCUACCUCUCUACCUUUCAUUUCUACUGACUUCGGUGGGUUUUGGAUCAGGCCUUAGAUCAAAAGAGCUUUUUUCUGCAAUUAUUCUUUUAAUAACACAGCAUUAAUGCCAAAUGAGGUAGAAAACAUACAUCAGAGAAAAGUAUUACAUUAUUAUUUUUAAAAGGGGUGAUUGUGGUAGAAAAUAGUUAAAGUGCAGAGCUUCCAGUAUGCAGUGCACUCUUUUCCAUAACAGAGGAAUCUGAUUUUUUAAAGGGUUUGUUAGAGAGGAAAAUCACAUUUCAUCUUCAUCAUUACAAGCACCAUAAUGAAAAAGAAUUUUAGCUGGGGGCUUAUCCAUCCCUGAAUUGCCAGGAAGUAAUUGGUUCACAAAAAUCUGUCUCAUGCAGUUUGCACAAAUUAUUACAACAUGUUGUUCAAGAACGUAUCUCUUCUGUGUCAUGAUGCUUAAAGUGCACAUUGGCUUUCCAACCAAAAAGGUAGCUGGUAAGUCCUAUCUAUCUAUAGGUGUGUUUGUCUAAAUAAAGCAGUUUUAAAAAUUA